CAGGCAGUCCAACACGGAUAAUUUCUGUUUCACAGCAAGUUUGGCUUCGACGGAAAGAUAAUAAAAAUAAGUAAUAUAAGUAAGAGUUUCUAAUACUAACGUAGUGUAGCGUUUAAAGAAGCGGGAGCGUCGCGCUGUCAAAUGAAGCGCCGCCCCCGUGUCUCUGCAGUGGUUCGGUCGGGCGACGUCCUGCGCGGGAGCGGAAAACGUGCGUCGGCUUUACGGAAGAGGAGCGUUUCGUUGUAUUGAUUAAAUAAUAUCUUCUUCAAGCUCCAAUUUACUGCAGCCAGCGCAUUUCGUCUCCUCAGAAGCCCAAACAGAACGGAGUUUGGUUUCAAAUCCAAGAUGGCCGGCGACUGGAAGCCAGGCGAUCUGAUCUUUGCCAAAAUGAAGGGUUAUCCUCACUGGCCUGCGAGGAUUGAUGAAGUCCCAGACGGUGCUGUGAAACCAUCCAACAUCAAAUAUCCAAUUUUCUUCUUCGGCACUCAUGAAACAGCGUUUCUUGGGCCGAAGGACAUUUUUCCGUACCAACAAAACAAAGAGAAAUACGCAAAACCGAACAAAAGGAAAGGCUUCAAUGAAGGAUUGUGGGAGAUCGAAAACAACCCAAAAGUUGAGCUGACUGCGCCAAAGCCGGUUCCUCCUCCUUCCUUCCUGGAAAAGGAUUUGGAAAGCGGUCCGGAAGGAGAAGAAGAAGACGCAGCUGAUAAAGGAGUCAAACCCAAAGUUCCAGGAAAAGAGACUGAGCAGGAGAAUGAUGAUGAGGAGGAGGAGAAAGAGGAGGAGGAAGGGUCUCUGAUGUCUGAGCAGGGUCCUGAGAUCCAGGAUGUUUCUGCUCAGAAAGAAUCGACUGAUCCCUCAAAACCCAAAAGAGGAAGGAAGAAGAAGGGUGACCAGGAGAACGAAAAAGACGAAGAUCCUGGAAGUCCCGUGAGUCCAUCAGGUGGAGACGCUCCGAAACGGCGAGGCAGGAAGCCGAAAACCGAGAAGCUGCUUCUGCUGCAGCAGGACCAACACGGCUCUGGGAGCGAAAUCUUGUUUUUGUUUUAUUUUCAUUUUAGGGAGACGAACGACUCUGAGAAGAAGCGAAAGAGGGCAGCGGAGGACAAGCAGCUGAACGGAGAAGAGGAGAAGAGGAAGAAGAGGGAGGGCAGCAAGGGGAAGGAGGCGGAGCUAAAGGAGACGGAGGCCAAGAAGAGGAAGAAGGACAACGGCUCGUCUGGCUCGGACGACGAUGAGUCUCAGAAAAGCAAAGGGAGGAAGAAGCUGCAGAAUGCAGAGGCGGAUAAAGACGGGCGGCGCUGGAAAGCCGACGAACCCAGAGAGGCCGACAAAGAAGAUGUGAAGAAACCUGAGGUGGGACCCAAGAAGAAAGAAAUGUCAACCGACCUGAAACUCCAGAAACUCCACAGUGAGAUCAAGAUUUCCCUGAAAAUCGACAACCCGGAUGUGAAGAAAUGUUUGGACGCAUUGGACGAGAUCGGUUCUCUUCAAGUGACGACUCAGCACCUGCAGAAGCACAGCGAGCUCAUCGCCACGCUCAAGAAGAUCCGGAAGUUCAAGGCCAGCCAGGACAUCAUGGACAAAGCCACCAUGCUGUACAACAAGUUCAAGACGAUGUUCCUGGUGGGCGAGGGCGACUGCGUGCUGAGCCAGGUGCUGAACAAGUCGCUCGCCGAGCAGCGGCAGCACGAAGAGGCCAAGAGAGGAGCACUGAAGAGAGCCGAGCACGUCAAGGACGGCGGCACAGAGCCGCGCCGGCCGUCACAUGCCGACGGCGUGGUGACGUCAUCGCUGAUCCAAUCUUCCUGCUCCGCAGACAAGGUGGCCAACGGCGACGCCAGCCCCGAGGAGAAGAAGACGGACAAGAUGGAGGACGCCGCGGUGGGAGAAAACCACAGUCCCCCGAAACCUCAGGAGUCGGCCUGAACCGUCCGCCGACCCGGAGAAGAGAUUCGCUGCUGUAAUGGAACGACGCCCCCUGGUGGACACCGGUUCCCAGUGUUGUGCUGCUGCUCCCAAGGUUUCAGUUCACCAAGAUGCUUCAUAGUUUUAUUUUUGUACUCAGACACCUUGUGCCGCCUGCUGUUGGAUGUAUUUAAUUCCCGUCGGUGUAGUUGUGAAUUUUAAUGACUGUGUAUGAGAAGCGGGGUCAUUCCUCCUCGUCUUCAUCGUGAAGUGUUUUUGUUUUUAUUUUGGUCGAUCAUUUCAGUUGUGAACCUCCCAGGACUUGAAGUACAGAUUCUGUAAACUGAUCGUGUUUUUAAUGCUGUGUAACGCAUGUUGAACAGAAAACUUUGCCAAAGUUUCCUUUUAGCCAACGAAGUGCUUUAUUUUCCAUCAUGUCUUUUAAAACCUAGAUGUAUAUAAGAGUAUUUUUGUGCUUGUGUCAUCAUCCUGGUAAUAAAGUGGUAGCUGCAGCACAACCGC